ACAUGCACCAGGGAUUACAGGUGGAAAUUAGCUCUAGUACUACAACCUGGCACAAUGCAUCUCUCCUGUUAAGGUUAAUUUAUGUUGUGCACGGUUUCGCUCAUAAAAAUGAUAAUAAUAAAUAAAUCAAAAGUAAUAACAACUUAAAAAGUGUUGUCAUUAUACUAAAAUUUCAAACUUGAUUUUUAAACUAUAAACAAUAGACUUCAUAGUCUAUAUGGACUAUACGAAAAUGAUAAUAAAACACUUGUUCUUUGGACAGUAGAAUGUGAUUUUUAACAUUAUCAUCUGGCCUUAUAUCUGUGUUGUCCAGGUAGGUUCCUCAGUGGUCCAUGGGCGUAUACUAGUCAAGUAAUAUUAAAAAUAUUGAGUAAAUGUUAAAGGGACAGUUCGGAAUUUUGGAUAUAGGGCGUCAUUUCCUAAUGAGCCAGAGUGUUGUAGACGUGUGGAGACACUUUUGGAAAUUAUCCAUCCAAUCCUUGUAUUUGCAGAGGUCGCUGGGGCUAGGCUAGCGCAUGUCAACAGCCACUGUUGUUCUCCCACUGAAAACAGUCUUAGCCACUCUACAGUGCACCCGAGGCAAAUCUAUUAUUACGCCAGACUGUCGAUGUGAAUGUCUGUGUCGGUAGAAUAAUUUUGGAAGUAAACUAACCUUGUAUCGCAUGAAUCGUCGCAUGUUGAGGGACUAUUUUCUCAGCAGCAGCGGAAUUUUACUCUCCUCUAGUUAGCUGUGAUGUAAACAUUCACUUCAAACUAGAGUCGCGAGAGACCUGUAGUAGCUAGUUCUACUAUAGCUGGAUCGAUCAGUGGAUUACAAGCCAACGACGUGGCAGCAUGGUAAAUCAGUGUGCAUUUACCAAUUGCAAAAAUAAAGCCAAAAGAUGGGCACCACAAAGUUUCCACCACUUUCCAGUAAGAGACCCCGGAAAAACGAAACUAUGGCUUAUAGCUGCUGGAUUGGACAUGGACACACCGAUGGAGGCUCUGCGCAACCGGAUGGUCUGUAGUGAUCAUUUCAGUCCAGACGACUUCACACAGUCCAAAAUAAGGCCUUUUCUGAAAACGACUGCUGUGCCAGCCGUCUUUACAAGUGCACCAACAGCUUUCGACGAAGAACAGGUCCAAAAUGGUGAUAAGUUCACUCACAGAAUCAUUUCAAACACUUCAUAUCUACCUGGAAGCAUAGAGGUUACUUUUGAGCCUGACCAAACAGAGCAGAAUAUGAGUGAGCCAGAAGCUCCUGCUCAAAGUGAUGGAGAUGAAGAUGAUGUUUCGGAAGAAGAGGAGGAAGGGGACAAAGGUAACCAGAGCUCAGAUGAGGACUGGCUUCCUCAGACUUUGACAGAAGAAGGAAGUGAAGAAGUGAGAAGAGAUUCUUCCUCAGAGGAGGACUUUUCUGAAGGAGAGGAGCUCAAUGAAGAUCAGAAACCCACUCGUGAACCGAAAAAAAAGGAGCUCUGCACUGAGUGUGGUGCCUUUUAUUGUACUCAAAAACAUGUGUGUGAGCACAAAACUAAACCAUAUGUCUGUAAUGUCUGUGGUAAGAGAUGUGUGACUGAGCUAUCUCUAAGAUUACACAGCAACAUACACAGUGAAACAUAUGAACAUUAUUGUAAAUAUUGCUAUGCCACUUUUAAAACUAAACUGGACAAACUUGCACAUGAAGAAAUCCACCAGAAUGAACCAAGGCCAUACAGAUGUCCUGAUUGCACUGUAACAUUUGCCAAAAACUCAGAACGCAGAAAGCACUUGAAGAAACAUAGAGGUCAGAAGAAAUAUAUAUGUGACAUAUGUGGAAUUGUAUUCUUAGCAAGGGACAGUUUACAGAGACAUGAAAUGACCCAUACAGGAAUGAAACCCCACAAGUGUUCAAUAUGUAAGAGAACUUUUACCCAGCGAGGUCACCUGAAGUCACACAUGCGUGUGCACACAGGGGAACAGCCUUAUAAAUGUCAGCACUGUGACAAAUCUUUUAACCACAAUAUCAGUCUGAAGAGCCACACCCAGCGCUACCACCCACUGGAGUCUGGGGAAAAAUACGACAAGAGUUGUGAUGAUGUGAUUGACACAAACGACAUUGUACAAAACCAGGACACAGAGAAGAUUGAGAAGAAAGUGAAGCGAUAUUAUGGACGGUAUUCUUCUGGGCGACCUCUAGGCAGACCAAAAAAAAACUCAACUGUAAGCAGUGAAUCAUCUGAGCACUAACAAUGGUACUGAUAAAGUAAAACAAUUAACAUUAUAGUUUUGGAACAAACACAUGAUAUAUAAAAUGUAAAUGUGGAGUAUAGUAAUGUGAAUAAAUAAAUGCGAUAGUAUUUUGCACCUUA